CCCAUCCUGGAUAAGCACAACAGGGUAUUUGGCGUCCUUGCCGGGCAUCCUUGCGACCCUACCUGGGCAGAGGUGAAUAGGGAGAUGAUACGGGUUCUUGAGGCGGGCCGGGAUGCGUACAACACGGCGCCGAAGCAGGAGAAUCAUCGCAGAGGCAACUUCGCCGCCGUCUCUUGCGGGAUAUCUUAUGGCGGCGGGCAGAAGCACGUAAGCAACAUCAAGCAUUCAAAAUCCAAUCUUGCCGUGCUGGAGAGUAUGCUGCAGCAGAAGGCCGUCCGCCGCGUCGCCAACUUUGGCAACGGCGUGUUGCGCCUCUUCGCCCCACGCAUGCACGAAUAUUACGACAUUACGUUGGCCACUCUGUGCGGCCGCGAUCCGAAACUGCGACGCAACUUCCACAACUCGGUGUUCAGCUGUGCCACCUUCAACUUGGGCCCGCGCACGGUAACGCACGUUCACACUGACCACCUGAAUCUUCCCUCCGGCUGGUGCAGCAUCACCGCGCUCGGAGACUACGACCCCACCGCCGGGGGCCAUCUGAUCCUCUGGGAUCUCCGCAUGGUCAUCGAGUUCCCCCCCGGCUCGACGAUCCUCAUACCAUCAGCAAUCCUUCAACAUUCUAACACGGCGAUUUCAGAUAAUGAGUACAGAUACUCGUUCACUCAGUACACUCCAGGGGGACUUUUUAGAUGGGUUGCAUGCGGGUUUCGAUCGGUGAAGGAGGCAGGGAUAUCCGUGAAGGAGCUGAACCGAUUGGGUUCAGAGCGUUGGGCGCAGGGGUUGAGUAUGUUUAGUACCUGGCCAGAGCUAUGUGCAGAAGCCCCGUAG